AUGGGAGACCCCUUUUCUAUUGUGGCGGGUGCCGCGGGAAUCGUUUCUCUAGGCCUCACAGUGUGCUCUGGUCUUCUCGAAUACUAUGGCUCGUGGCAGGAUUCAGCCUCCGAUGUCGUAACUAUGUGCGAGUCUCUUGAAGCGCUGACCAAAACCUUCCAAUUGCUCGAUGAAAAAGUACGCCACCCGUUACUUGACCGUGCAAGCGUCGACAGAGUGACAGAGAGCAUUAUAUCAUGUGCUGCCGGGGUGCAGAAAUUGAAAUCCAAACUUGACAAGAUUCGCGAUGUCAAGCCCGGUAUGAGCGCGCAUCUACAAAGAGCUCAGUACCCUUUCCGGCAGAAGACGUUGAUGGCCUUGCACCAAACAAUCUCUGAUCUUCGCAGCAAUCUUGGUCUUGCGGCCAGCACUCUUCAGCUCGAUAUUUCUGUCACGUCGUUUCACCGGUUGAACGAGCUUGAUACGAAAGUGAAGAAUCUGAUUGAUACAUCCGGCAUCUCUUCCACGAAGGUCCUUGACGGCAUUUCGGAAUUGCGUCUCGCCCAGAAAGAGGAGAAGUUGAAAUCAAUAAGCGAGGAAGAGCGAGAAGCAAUACACUGGCUCUCGCCACUAGACUUCGCUUCCAAGCACGCCGAUGCCGUGAGUAGGCGUCAGCAAGGCACUGGUCGAUGGUUAUUGGAGAGUUCUGAGUUCCGUUCGUGGAUACAAACCCCUGGAAAGGUUCUUUGGUGCCCCGGAAUACCUGGUGCUGGCAAGACCAUCCUCACGUCAACCGUCAUUGAUCAUCUAGAAGAGCAGCAUAAACGAAGGCGAGUAGCAGUUGCAUACGUUUACUGUGUGUACAAUGGUGCACAACAGACUGCGGCUAGCCUGCUCGGGAGCCUUUUGAAGCAACUGGCGCUACAGGACAAUGCUAUUAUGGACGAUAUCAAGUCAUGCCAGAAACAGCAUGUCCGUUGUGGGACGCGUCCGUCACUCCACGAAAUCUCUGCGCUGCUACGCUCACAAGUUCGCAAUUUUGAUGAGGUGUUCAUCAUCAUUGAUGCCCUUGACGAAUGUCCGGAGGCAGACCAAGUUCGAAAUAAUUUUCUCAAUGGAGUCCGCAGCUUACUACCGCACAUCCAGCUUAUGGUUACUUCACGACCUAUAGCGUCCAUCGAAAGUAUGUUCAAAGAAGAUACACAACUAGAAAUUCGUGCUCAUGAUGAAGACAUUCGAACUUUCAUCGAGUCACAUAUUCAGCUACAAAAAGAACUUGUCGACGUCCUCGAAGGUCAUGACGACGUGCAAUCCGUCAUCGUAUCAACGUUGCUGGAAAAGACCAACGGCAUGUUUCUUCUUGCAGCUUUACAUAUGGAAUCACUAUCUAAAGAGGACAACAUACGUGAUAUUCGAGAAAGCCUUCGAAAGUUGCCCGAGGAUCUAGAUGAUUUGUACGAUGAAGCGCUACAGCGGAUCAAGUGUCAAGAUCGUCGAAAAGCGGCACGAGCCGAUCAAGUUCUUACACUCAUAAAUUGUGCUUUUCGACCCCUUACGAUGGAAGAAGUACGACAGGCGCUAUCAAUCCGACCAGAUGAUACAGUUCUGGAUGUGGAGGCAAUGCCAAGGGUUGAUUCCUUGCUUUCGGCUUGCUGCGGCCUUGUGGUCGUCGAAGAUGAAAGCCAGAUAGUGAGACUCGUUCACUACACUGCGGAAGAGUACUUCGCUCGCAUACACCAAUAUCGCGGUCCCGAAGCUCAUUGGAAUAUUGCCGGUACACUUAUCACGUAUCUGAGUUUCACGACUUUCGCAACUUAUUCCCCAAGCAAUGAUAGCAAAAACGACAAAAGCAUUCACUCAAAUGACGACGUGAACCCAAAACGAGAAGAAAUUGUUGAACAGACUAUAGCGCUUCCCUUUAAGAAAGCUGACUCGAGAGACGUCAUUAGGCAACUCAUCAAAGGAAACAUCUUACUGCGGUAUACUAUGGAGAACUGGGGCAACCAUACUCGUGAAGCCGUUGCAAGCUUUUCGCAAGAAGACUUCAAGGGCCUUUUAUUUUCUCGUUCGGCGACCACAAAGAUUCACAGCAACCAUGUGAAGUCAAUAUGGGACCUCAAGCAAAUCCUUCAGAAGCUCUUGCAGAACAAGGCCAAUAUAAGAUGUGCCAAUGAUGUUCUCUACCGGGUCGAGAGGUGGAGCUACUUUUUUAGACCCAGAUUUCAAUUUCCGGUGGAUCCCACUUACCUCCAUAUAGCUGCGGCCUUCGGAAUCCAGUAUCUGGUCAGGGACUGUCUACAGCAAGGUGCAGAUAUCGAUGCGUGGGAUGCCAGCGGGACGACAGCAUUGCAUCGGGCUGCCGCAAAUGGUCAUGUUGAGGUUGUGCAACUCCUACUAGAUUCCAACUGCUCCAUUGACCUUAGAGAUGCGUAUGGUCGGACUGCGUUGCACUGGUCCGUAGAGGCGGCAAGAGUAUCGGUGGUGCAUCUACUUCUUCAAAGGGGCUCGCGUCCUCCUAAAUCCACACGGGGUAGAAGCAAUACAUCCCCGUUCACUAUCGCCGCUGAGAGAGGGCACAGAGAGAUUGUGGUGCUUCUUGCUGAACAUGAGACUAAUCAAGCAGAGAGAGACGAAGAAAUGGGAAAGGCGUUGCAGGUUGCGGCUAGUUUGGGAAACGACGGCAUAGUUAGCCUUUUGCUGCAAGAAGGAAAUAGUUGGCACAUUCCAAAAAAAUACGUAAAAAGCGCGAUGCUUACAGCAGCCCGAGCAAACCGGUUGAUAAUCAUCCCUCGACUACUAAAAGCUGGUGUCGACGUCAACGCCUUUUCAGGCAGCUCUAGAACUCCACUUGGCGAAGCUUCUCGUUAUGGACGUCUAGAAGCAGUUCAAUUACUACUCGAAGCAGGAGCCGAUGUCAACAUAAAAGACAAGUAUGGUGACAGACCGCUCCACGGAGCUAGUUCUGUGGAUGUCGUAGUCUUGCUACUGGAAAGAGGAGCAGAUAUCGACGCCCUUGGUCAACAUAACCAGUCAGUCAUGGUUAGAGUGGCCAAUAAGCGAUGGGAAGAUAAAGGUGCUGAAAUAAUGAUGCAACGACUACUCGAGAUGGGAGCCAAUCUUACGGCACAAGACGAUUUCGGUAGAACAGCAUUGGAUUACUCGGUUCUGGACGGAAACAAGAGCUUGGCAGAGCUUCUGCUCAGAUACGAUAACCUGGACGUGACUCGACGAAAUUCAAUGCUUCGGUUGGCCACCCUCUAUCACGCAAUCAUUCACCACAGCAUUGAAGCUACUGAUCAAUUACUCGCUGAAGAGGAGCUGCCUUGUCUUGAGUCUAUAUCAGAGUUAUUGCUACUGCACAUGCCUGCCCAAUACGGUCAUGAGCAAGCAGUGCGUAUAUUUCUCAAGCUGGGCGCAGGUGUCGAGGACAGAGAUUCCCGUGGAAAGACGGCCCUACAUCUGGCCUCGAUGGAAGGCCAUACUGCGAUUGUUCAACUGCUUUUGAAUUGGAACGCCGACGUCAAUGCUCUGACGCGAGAAGGGUAUACUCCACUAAUACUAUCUACUCGUAUCCCAAACAGGGCUAUAGCAGAGAUCCUAAUGAAUCGUGGAGCUGACCUUAAUAUAUGUGGGAGGGAAUUGGGUAAGGCACAUGGUACUGCCCUUGUUUGGGCCGUGAAAUUCAAGCGAAUGGCGAUGAUAAAGUUGCUAAUCAAGAGGGGGGCUGAUAUGAAUAUUGGCCAGCUUCACGGUGGGGGAACAAUUCUGCAUGUUGCUGCCUACUCUUAUGCUUAUACUCCAUCUUGCGUGGAGCUGCUCAUAGAAGAGGGCGCGGACCUAGAGUCGAGGGAUGAGCUUGGCCGGACUCCCUUAGCCGUGGCAGCACGAGUCGGCAAUACCAUUCUAGUACAGCCUCUGUUGGACAAAGGCGCUGAUCUGGAAUCGAGAGAUAACCUUGGUCAAACUCCCUUGGUUCUGGCAGUACGAAACUGUCGCGUCGCCAUCGUGCAUCUUCUGCUCGACAGGGGAGCAGAUCCACGAGCUCUCCCAUCUGAUGUGGCACCAGAAGAUAGAGAUGCAAUUGACGUCAACUUUAAUCGUGCAGUGAAGAUGGUCGUGAGGCGCAGGUCAAGCUGUUAA